UCCUCCCCCGUUCACCCAAAUAGCUAGCCACCCACACUCUCUCUCCUCCCCCCGGCCGUGUCGGUGUGUCUCUCCCCUCCCCCCCUCCGACCCGCCGCAAAAACCCUAGCUCUAAACCCCGCUGAUCGCCGCCCCCCUCCCGGCGCCCGGCGCCGCUCGGUUUGACCCCGGCCAGGCCAGGAAGCCGAAGGGCCCCUCUCUCCAGCCGGCGCCGCCAUGGACAUGGACACCUUCGAACGCCUCCAGGCCGAGACCAGGCUCCGCGAUGCGCUCAUGCGGCUCGAGGAGGCGGAGGAGACCGACGACGAGGAGGAGAGGGGCGCCGAGGAGGAGGAGCUGGAGUGCCCCUUCUGCGGGGAGGAGUUCGACGGCGUCGGCCUGUGCUUGCACAUCGAGGACGAGCACGCGGCGGAGACCAAGGCCGGGGUGUGCCCUAUAUGCACAGAUAGAGUUGGGAUGGACUUGGUUGGGCACAUGACCUCAGAGCAUCCCAGUUUCUUCAAGGGCAGGUGGAGGAACCAGCGAGUUUCAUCUGGAUCACCUUCUUCAAUGUAUUCCGCAUUGAAAAAGGAUGCGGCGCACAUACAAUACCGCUAUGGUGGAUCCUCUCGUGCCACCUCGCUCAACACAGUGCCUGAUCCUCUACUCUCCUCCUUUGUCGGUAGCUUCAUUGAUGAUGAUGCAGAUUCACCAAAAGAUGCACAAGAAGAGUUAUUGGAAAAAGUUAUUGAGAAAAGUGAUCCCUCGGAGCAGAAAGCAGAAGAAAGUGCUGAGGAGCCUUUGCUCCCUGAGGAGAAGGAGGAGAGAACCAAGAGGAGCCAGUUUGUGCAGGGGCUGGUGCUGUCCCUGAUGUUUGAUGACAUCUUGUGAAGAAUGUCUUGUUCCGAAAAUUGAUUGAGAAGGCAGCUCUUGCUUCGCCAGACAGUUGUAUACCUUAGCGCAAGUUGCUACCUUUCACCCAGUUGCCAUUAAAAACAGAUGGCGGCUUUGUUGUGCGAUGUUAAGAAGGAUGAAUGUUGUGAAUAUGGAUGUUGGUUAGUAUGCGCGUCGGUUGGUGUCGCAUGAACAAUAAGAUAGUAUAUAUAGGUCUGGUAAUUUGAUGAGAUGUUGUCGGGGGGCUCCCGCGGGCGGCCCUGGUUGUAUGUAUGAUUGGGAGGCCUAGUGACUUCUGAAAUAAUUCAUCUUAUUUAUUUUCGGACAUGAAA